AUGGAACAGAAGCAGCGAUAUCUCGAGGAGCAAUUGCAAAGGAGGGAAUCAGAAGUCUCGGAAUUGCGUCGGGAUUUCCGUGAACUUCGAGCGAAAUUUUUCCAGCUCGAGCGAGCUUUUCAACUCAACUUGCAACUUCAGAGCCGCCAAGAAAUCGAGUUUAAUCGUGUAAAACUGCAAAAUCAGGAACUUCGAAAGAUCAACGACGAUACUUUGCGGACGAGAACGGAGUUGAAUUCCCGAUUAACGAACGCAGUGAUCGAGAAGGAUCAUUGGCGAAACGCUUUUUUGCAGCAAAAAGAGCUCUUCAACAGCAACAAAAUUGGAUGCAACAACGCGGUGGCUGUGGCUAAACGAGAAUACGAGAAUAUUUUGAAGACUACUGAAGAAACAGCGGAGAAACAGUUUCAAGAACUGGUCGAGUUAUACAAUGGAAGCAAAGAGAAGCAAACACGAUUAGAGGAGGAUAUACGAACGUACGAAUCCUCUCGACAAGAAUACGAAAAGCGAAGUUUGGAACUUGCGAACCUGCUCGAAACUUUCAAAUGUUUCGACGUGGAUGUGAGUUCCGUCUGUCAGCUCGUGGCCGAAGCGCUGAAGAACUUGACCGAACGAGAAAACUUAUACGAGGAGAGCAUGAAGAAUUUGAGGCAUCUCGUUUGGACUAAGGAUAGAAAGGAUGAACCGGAGCUGGUUUUAUUAAGGGAGCAGAAUUCAGUUCUGAGGGAACUGGUGAAAAGCCUCAAAAGGAAAUUUCAGAUAUUGCAAGAAACUCGUAACGAAGUUAGCAAAGGACUUACCGAACGGUGCGAUGAAGUUGCAUCUCGUGAAAAUGAAGUAAAUUCGCAGAAUUAUACGGAGAACUCCCCAAAUCAGUCGACGUUGGACGCAGACAAUGCUUCGAAUGCAAAAACACACACAAAUUCGUUAAUUAAAAGCACUAAUUAUAAGUGUAACUCGGAGAGCGAUGUAGAAACGUACAAACUGUCUACCGCGCUUGAAAACGAUAAUCGAAAGCGGGAGUUCGAUAUCGACAGCAGCGCGAUCGAUAAGCGCGGGAAAAUGCUUUGCAUUGAAUCGCAUUCAAAUGGCGCGCUUUUCGAAGAGUAUAUAUUGAGAUUAUCAAACGAUCGCGAAAUGAAAAUAAAAUAUCCAAUUUCUUCGAACAAUAUUGAUAUGCCAAUUAAAAUAGAAUUCGUGGAUGACGAAAAUGAAUACGAAAAGGCAUUGUUAGACAGGAUGUUAAUAUUAUUUAAAAACAUAUACGCGUCUGUGAACAUCAAACAGACUGGAAUACCCUGCAGCACGCAAACAAUUAAAGUGAAAACCAUCAAUAACUUUACACAAACUGCAAUGACCGGAAUAAAUUCGUUUUCGCGUUUGAACGUUGGCGUCACGGUGAGUGCACACAAUUCUAGAUUUUUGCUUUAUGCUCUUCUCUUCGCGAUUUUAUUAACUCCAGUGAUUGAAAGAAAAUCGUAUAAAUGCUACACAUUUUAUAAUACGAUAUAUUCUAUGAUAUUACAAUAUUAAAAAAUAAU